UGGCACCGCGCGGCGAGGUCCUUAGUAAAUAAUAAUACAGAUUUUUUUAUAUUUCUUCUAUAUUUUAAAAGUUAUCUAUAUGCCUUUACUUCUAUUUAGCUUACAGCUCUAAUGUGCAGUUGUAUUGAUCUGUGUAAAACCUGAACUUCGAACUUACACGACCAAAGUAAAUCUCACCGAAGCUCGUAAAACUGACAGUGGAGGAAAUAUUUCCAUUAAAACAGGAGCUACGAUUCAAGACAAUGAACGGAACCACAUUGAGCUACUCCUACACGCUUAACGUUUCGGAGAAGUUGACAAACGAGACGCAAGAGGCUUCACCGUCGCCACAGACAGCAGGCUACGAAAACAUCAUAGACAAGAAAUGGGUUCAAGCCAUUUUCUGCGUCAUAUACACAACCAUAUUCGUCUUAGGCUUACUCGGGAACAUGAUAGUUUGUUACGUCGUCAUAAGAAACAAAGCGAUGCAAACAGUUACCAACCUUUUUAUAAGUAAUUUAGCACUAUCCGACAUCCUCCUCUGUAUAUUCGCGGUACCAUUUACACCUCUGUAUUCCUUCCGCGGCACUUGGAGUUGGGGUACAUUGUUAUGCCACAUGAUGCCUUCGGCCCAGGGUUGCAGUGUAUACAUAUCAACUUUAACACUUAUGUCUAUAGCGAUCGAUAGGUUUUUCGUAAUAAUAUACCCUUUCCGACCGAGGAUGAAGAUCGAGACGUGUAUUUUAGUCAUUAUUAUGAUAUGGAUCUUCUCUAUAACGGUCACUUUACCGUACGCAAUAUUUAUGUCGUAUUACGAUUUAGAGAUCGGUAGAUUCUGUGAGGAGUCUUGGCCGACUGAAAGAUUGAGACGUAUCUUCGGUUCGAUAACUUCUGUCCUUCAAUUUGUUUUGCCAUUCACUGUGAUCGCUUUCUGUUACACUUGCGUUAGUUUUAAAUUGAACGAUCGGGCGAAAGCUAAGGCUGCGAGCAAGAAUACCCGUAAAGAAGAGUUCGAUAAGUAUAGAAAACGUCGCACGAAUCAAAUGUUGAUAACUAUGGUCACUAUAUUCGGUGUUUCUUGGCUGCCUUUAAACGUGACCAAUCUGUACAAUGACUACUACAUGUACGCGAUUCAUUCGAAGUUUUACUUUCUAAUAUUUUUCAUAUGUCACGUGGUAGCGAUGUCUUCAACAUGCUACAACCCUUUCAUUUACGCGUGGAUGAACGAAAACUUUAGGAAGGAGUUCAAACAAUUGAUACCCUGUAUAGAUACAUCCGUGCAGGUCCGAAGCAAUAUUCCAUUAGAGCAAUUAGGUGUGCUACAAUCGGAGAAAACGUUUAACGGGAACACGGCAACGGAUAGUUUAGGUUCUAGCUCUCAAAGAGCCGCUUCAUUUCGACAUAAAAGGAAGCCGAGCGCUGCGGCCGACGUGGAGAGGAGCGGUGUGGAGUUGAACGAGGACUUGUUGGUGGUGGACGUGAAACAUUGCCACAUAUCGACCAGCUAUAACUUGAGACGCGAGUCCGUGCAGUUGAGGCUGAUUAACGAGGAGUCCUUUGAUAGCGGCCCGUCACAGAGUCAAUUCUAACGGUUGAUUUCAUGGGUGCGGCGGAGUAGACGUUCCCACGUGUAAAAAAAACUGGACCUAGGUACCUACUUUGAAAAAUCCCAAUAUUUUUGGAAAAUGUUUUUUGUACAGAACCUCAUUGCUGAUUUUGAUGACUAUGAAACUACGAUACGCUUAUGAAUUUUUAUAAUCUCUUGAUACGGAUGAAGUUUUAACCCUUUUUAAAAUAUUAUGAAUUUAUUUAAAGUAUUUGACGCACAAAACUUAGAUACCCGGAAUAGCACCACUGCCACUUUUCCCUAUAAAGCCUAGCGUCCACUAGCUCGCAGACAGAUAGGGUAAACCAGGGUAAACAUUUGGGUUGGAAGUUGGCACCCUUUUGGAACCUAUUUAAGGGUCAUAGUGAAGUCAGGUCAUAAUGAAAAAUAAGCGUUUAGUUAUUCCAAUUAGGGUUAUCAGCUUUUAUGCCUUUAUGACCUGCACGCCACUAUUCACCUCCCUAUAAUUUAAUUGUGAAAAACUGACGUUUUAAACGCCACGUACGGAUCAGAA